CCGAGUAGCUGUGCCGCAGGUCCAGCCCCUGGGCACUGUACCUGGCCGGGCGGCGAGAGAGCAACAUGUCUCCUGAGACCCCGGAGCACGGGCAGGGCAGCGAGGGCCGCGACGACGACCCCCAGGAUCUUCGUAGCGUCCUGGUCACCAGCGUGCUCAGCCUCGAGCCGCUGGACGAGGAUCUCUUCAGAGGGAGGCAUUACUGGGUCCCCACCACCCAGCGGCUGUUUGGAGGGCAGAUCGUGGGCCAGGCCCUGGUGGCCGCCGCCAAGUCUGUGAGUGAAGACGUUCAUGUGCAUUCUUUGCACUGCUACUUUGUUCGGGCAGGCGACCCGAAGGUGCCAGUGCUGUACCAGGUGGAGCGGACACGGACGGGGAUGAGCUUCUCCGUGCGCUCCGUGAAGGCCGUGCAGCAUGGAAAGCCCAUCUUUAUCUGCCAGGCCUCCUUCCAGCAGACGCAGCCCAGCCCCGUGCAGCACCAGUUCUCCAUGCCCACUGUGCCCCCACCAGAAGAGCUGCCUGACUACGAUACCCUCAUUGGCCAAUAUUUAAGUGACCCUAACCUCCAAAAGAAGUACCGAGUGGGGCUGAACCGAAUCACUGCCAAGGAGGUGCCCAUUGAGAUCAAGGUGGUAAACCCACACUCCCGGAACCAGCUACAAAAAAUGGAACCCAGACAGAUGUUCUGGGUGCGGUCCCGGGGCUACAUUGGGGAGGGCGACAUGAAGAUGCACUGCUGUGUGGCGGCCUACAUCUCAGACUAUGCCUUUCUGGGCACGGCGCUGCUGCCCCACCAGGGGCAGCAUAAAGUGAGCGUCUUGGUCUCACUGGACCACUCCAUGUGGUUCCACGCCCCCUUCCGAGCCGACCACUGGAUGCUGUAUGAGUGCGAGAGCCCCUGGGCGGGUGGCUCCCGGGGGCUGGUCCAUGGGCGGCUGUGGCGUCAGGACGGGGUCCUAGCUGUGACCUGUGCCCAGGAGGGUGUGAUCCGAGUGAAGCCCCAGGUCUCACAGAGCAAGCUAUAGCCAGAGGCACCAGCUUGCCCUGAGCCUCCCAAGGCCUCUUCCCACCUGUGAUCCUGAUGCAGGAAUUACAGUUGAGGGCAG